AUGGCAGAUAGGGAGCAUCGAACGGUGUUUGUUACAGUGGGGACCACAUGUUUUGAUGCUCUUGUCAUGGCGGUCGCUUCUCCAGAAGUGAAGAAGGCUUUGUUGCAAAAAGGUUAUAGUAAUCUUGUUAUUCAAAUGGGCCGAGGAACAUAUGUUCCAUCCAAGGUCUCAGGAAAUGCUACCCUUCAAGUUGAUCAUUUCACAUUUUCACCGAGCAUUGCUGACAAUAUGGGAACAGCUUCUCUAGUUAUCAGCCAUGCAGGUUCAGGAAGCGUAUUUGAGACGCUACGACUCGGCAAACCACUAAUCGUUGUCGUAAAUGAAGAUUUGAUGGACAAUCACCAGAGUGAAUUAGCAGAAGAAUUCGCUGAAAGGAAGCAUCUCUUCUGUGCACGCCCACAAACGUUGGGAGAGGGCAAUGGACCUAGAGACACUAGUUCCUUAUGA